AUGACAACACAAGAGUUGAAUGAUUUAUCAUUUAUUCCUCCAGGUAUUUAUAAAGCUAUUGUAAAUGGUAAUCAUAAAUGUUUUAAAAUUAACGAAAGAAAUCAUUAUACUCAUUAUGAUUUAGGUUUUGCAAAACAAUUGGGUUUAGAAUUUAAUUUAAUACAAGAGAAUCAACCAAAUGCUCUAUUAAAAGAGAAUACAAGAUUUGGAAGGCAAACUGAACAUGAAAUGAAAGAAAAGAAUCUUUUGGAAUUGGAAAGAACGAUUCAAGCAAAUCAAGUAAAUCAAGCAAAACAAACAGAACAGCAACAACCAAUAAUGGUUGAUCAAAUUUUACCAAAUGAUUUAAUAGAAAUGGUCCCAAGAAACAAUCUAACAGCUACAAAUGAUUUUGUAAAAGAGUAUUCUUUAUAA